AUGAAUCAGGGUCUUCGAAGGCGGUACCGGUACCUGCGUCAUUUGUCCACUGAUCGUCUCUUGUCUUUUGUGGAGAUGGAUUUGCAGCCCCCAAUUGCCAGUCAAGAGACGGUAGACGAGAUGCCUGACUCGCUUCUGCCUUAUUCUCGCAAGCGCGAGCAGCAGCUGCAAAAGAAACUGCCCCUGGCACUUACGAACGAAGAGGCAGAGAAUAGAAUUUCUACUGUCUCUCUUGAUUGCAGGCUGCUGGCUUAUGGCGAUCUAACCGAAGCGCCAACAGACGAGGACUUUGUCCCCCUCUGUGAAAAUCCUGGUGUCGAAUCGGACAUAUCUCGUUUUCAUUCGUCUCAGUGUCUAAACUCGGAACUUCUGCCGUUGUAG